AUGCAAGAUCAGCCUCAGGACCCAUCCAAGCCAAAGUUGAAAUGGUUGCCACUCGAAGGAAAUCCAGAUGUCUGGAACAAGAUCGCUCAUAAGCAUGGAAUGGAUCCAAAUUGGUCUUAUACUGAUGUUUAUGGCUUUGAUCCUGAACUCUUGGACUUUGUCCCUCGUCCUUUGGCUGCCGUCAUCUUUCUUUAUCCCAUCACGGAGAAGUCUGAGGAAUUUAGACAUGAAGAAGAAGCUCGAGUCACCAAGCGUGAACAAGAUAUCAGCCCUGAUGUCAUGUUUUUCAAGCAAACAAUUUCCAAUGCCUGUGGCAUGAUGGCUCUUAUUCAUUCACUUGCAAACAACAAAGAAUUACUCGGUCCCGGAUUGUUCCAAGAUUUGAUCAACAAGGCUGAAGGAAUGACACCUGAAGAAAGAGCUGAAUUGUUGGAAGGAUGUGAACAACUUGCCAAUGUUCAUGAAUCGGGUGCACAAGAAGGACAAACCAAGCCACCCAGCCUUGAAGAAGAAAUCAGCUUGCACUUUGUAUGCUUUGUCGAGGUGGAUAGUCAUUUGUACGAGUUGGAUGGUCGCAAGUCGUUCCCCAUCAACCAUGGCAAGUGCACAGAUUUGAUGGAGUGCUCGGCCAAGGUGAUGCGUAAAAUGAUGGAACGUGAUCCAGGACAUCAAAAUUACAGUGCCAUGGCUUUGACCAAAACCCCCCAAUGA